AUGAAAGAGAAGCUCUUCACCAACACCACCACCCACAUCACCAACAGCAACAACAACAAUCAUCAUCGUUAUCCUGGGCAUUCUCGUUUAAGAGGAUUAUUUCUUCAUAAAUUGCCUUCAGUCUUUGUCGGCUUCUUUGGUAUUUACGUAUUUCUGCAUGGAUUUCUCCUGAAUCGAGCUGAGCUUGAUAAUGUCGCAGGUGUCCAACCUGAGGAGUUAUCUAGACAUUAUCCUAUGUCUACUGGGAGACAAAGUCGACUUAUUCUGUUACUAGUCGAUGCAUUGGCUUAUGAAUUCAUUCGAGAGGAUAAUAAUAAUAAUAGUUUAAUACAUAAAUAUUUGUCAACAAAUUUCCCAAAAUCUUAUUCUUCAUGGCUUGAAACUAUAUCUAAGGCUUAUUUUACUGGUCAGUUUAUUGCGGAUCCACCGACAACUACACUGCAACGGUUAAAAGCACUGAUGACCGGUACUAUGCCAACAUUUAUUGAUGCUGGGUCAAAUUUUGGUGGAAGUAAAGUGAUUGAAGAUAAUUUAUUGAAACAAUGGAAGUUAGCUGGUAAAGAAAUUCUAUUCGUUGGGGAUGAAACAUGGAUUGAAUUAUUUCCUGAUUGUUUCAGUCAUUAUAAAGCCUACCCAUCAUUCAAUGUCAAAGAUUUAGAUACUGUUGACACUGGUGUUGAAAAUUACAUCCUUCAAGCUCUUGGCGUCAAUGAUAGCCACAUUCGUCAAGAUGAUUCUAUUACAAGUAAUGUUCAACAUCAUCAACAAGAAGAAGAACAACAGCAACAGGGCAAACACAUACACUGGGAUAUUCUCAUCGGGCAUAUGUUAGGCAUAGAUCAUUGUGGACAUACAUAUGGACCAUUACAUCCAGAAAUGAUGAGAAAGUUAAGUGAAUUGAAUACAUUUAUAAGACGUAUAAUCUCAAAACUGCAACCGAAUGAUAUUUUCCUUAUUAUGGGUGAUCAUGGAAUGACUCAAUCAGGUGAUCAUGGUGGAGAUAGUGAUGGGGAGUUAGAAGCAGGACUUCUUGUAUUCACUGGUAAUCAAAACACUUCUUCGCCAUCUCUCUUUUCUUCUUCUUCUUCAAAAGGCAUAUCAUUAUCAUCAGAAGAUAAUGUGACAACGAAGAAGAAGCGAAGAAAGCAACGUCUAGCUCAAAUUGAUCUUGUGCCAACAUUAUCACUUUUAACCGGUGUUCCCAUACCAUAUUCAAAUUUAGGAAUAUUAUGCGAAGAUUUACUACUACGAAAUCAUGUCAAUCUGCAUAAUGGAUUAGUAUUGAAUUUUAUUCAGAUGUUCACUUUUACGGCGAAUUAUGUCUAUAACAUUAGUAAACUACCAUUGCCUUCAGAGCUUUCAUCUCAUAUGGAACGUUUAGUGCAUAGUUCAACGUACGAUUGGAUACAUCGAUUGCCUCCUGAAGAAUUGCUGACUAGUUUGAAAAAAUUACAAUCCAUCUUUCGUGAUCAUUGGACACAAUUUAAUGAGUUGGAAAUAUUCCUAGGCUUGCUUCUCACACUGGCUAGUUUAAUCAAUCUCAUUCUCUCAGUCGAACAAGCUCACAGAAUGAAAAAUCCAUAUCUGUGUAGUAUUUCUUUAUGUCUUGCUUGUAUCCUAUCAUUCCUGUGCAUGUAUUUACAAAUUCCUCAAGUUUUAUACUUUGUUUUUAUUAUUUUAUUGGUAUUAUCGCCGAUAUUUUUUGUAUUUUUGCAUCAUAUUACUUAUAAUCUGUUUGAUACGUUUAAUAGUAGUAUAUUUGGUUUUGUUUUACUUAUCUUGAUGUCAUUAAGUUAUUUAUCGAACAGUUUACUUAUUCAUGAAUUUCAUAUCACAUAUUUCUUUAUUCAAAGUCUUUUUAUUAUCUGCUUAGUUUCUGUGAUCUUAAAUUCCCUCCAACAUGACGCCAUAUUAUGCACUACUACUACUACUACUACUACUACUGAAAAAGCUGCCAGUAUCAGUAGUAUUGUGAAUUUUUCACAAAAAUGCUGUAUCUCACUUCUUUAUCGUUCACCUUCUGCCUUAUUCAUAUUCAGUAUUUUAAUGAUUUUUCGAGCGCUAAUCUGGCAUUUAUUAAUUUGUCGUGAAGAAUUAAGUACAGGCACAUCUACGCAAUGUCGAUCUACACUUGAUCCAUGGAUAACAAAAUCAUUGAGUAAAUUAGAUCCAAUGAAUGAAUUCUAUCCUAUUGGUAUUCUACGUGUCUGUUUUGCUAUAUUUGUGUUAAUCACAUGUCUGUACACUUAUUGUCGGUGGUGUUUAUUUUUAAGUGAUAAAAGUAAGCCAAUAGACAGUAGUACUACUACUACUACUGAUUGUGGUAUUAGUAGUAUGAGUAGCAGCAAGAGUAGGAGGAGGAGGAGGAGUGGAUUAUUUAAAGUUUUUGAAAAGAGGAGGAGAAGAUUCCUGUUGUUUCUACUAAUUGGCGCUUUAUUAUCUUCAUUAUGGUUAGUAGAUUCGGGUCAAUCAGUAAACUGGAUUAAAUUUGUACCAACUAACAGACUGCAUACUGUCCGUGUUUGGAUUGCACGUAUUCUAUUGAUAAUAAUAUCCUAUACAUUUAGUCAAUUCCUGAAAUUGUCAUCCUCAAUAUUCCAUCCAUACCACCAGUCAAUCAAUUCAAUGGCAUCUGGUUAUGAUAAAUUUAUGCAUGACAGAACUUUACUCAAUCUAUACACACACUGGACUGUAACUUGUUUAACAGUCUUACCCUUUUGUGUUAUCUUAAUUUUUAUUAAUGAAUUCCAUGUGAUUUGGUUAGCUGGAUUUCUAAUAUUUAUUCGAUUAUUAUCAUUGCUGUUAUCACCGCCGGUGUCAUACACUUUGUCGUCGUCUUUAUCGUCAUCAUCAUCAUCAUCAUCAUUGGUGAAGCAUUCAAAGACUACUGUAAGAUGUCAAUAUGGAGAUGAAAUUAAUGAUUCCUUGUUGUUUCAUGUGCCCAGCGAAAAUAUUUCAUGGACUGUCGCAGUAUUUCUAUGCCUGCUGGAUAAUUUAUCGUUUUAUGUCACGGGACAUCAGCCUACACUGGCCAGUAUUCCAUGGGAUGGUGCCUAUGCGAUAUACGAAGGGGAUCAUAGUACACGUUGGUUGCCUGCGAUCACAGUUAUCCUACACUUGUACUCUGGUCCAAUAAUCAUUGCAUUCAGUCUACCAGUGUUCAUUAUGAUUUCUUUACAAAUAAAGUAUUAUUAUUAUUAUUAUAAUCAAAGAUCAAAUGUAUUCAAUGGGGAGCAUAAACUGAUGUCUGGUGGCUAUUAUUAUCGAUUUGUUGAUGCCUUAGAUUUAUUGAGUUGGCGAUUUUUUGCUUGUAAAUUUGUAUUGACUUUAGGUUGUAUGCUAAGCACUGGUAUUCUACGUCGUCAUUUAAUGGUAUGGAAAAUAUUUGCACCACGUUUAUUAUUCUCUAUUCUAAGCCUGAUUGUAUCAACUGUAUGCCUUCUGCUGACUCGAUACCUAACUGUUCAUUGUUUACAUAAAAGGAUUUGUAAAAUAUUACAAAAUAACCUGUAG